AUGCCCGUACAAGACCGCACUAUCGAAUUCCGCACAUGCGUCGAGUCUAUUCGAAACCGAACAUUGGGUCCUAAUCGGUCUCGCCAGGUCACUAAGCCUGGUUCAUCCAAGUCCGAGUUUGCGAGGAUGGCUGGGUCUAUUGGAAAGGAUAUUGCUUCAUGUAGUCUUAAACUCGAUAAGCUCGCACAGUUGGCAAAGCGGAAAACUCUGUUCGAUGACAAGCCCGUUGAAAUUAGCGAGCUCACAUACGUAAUUAAACAAGAAAUCGCCUCGAUUAAUAAACAGAUCGCGACGCUUCAAGCGUAUGUCAAAUCUCAGAACCAACAAGGUCGAGGAAAGAACUCGCGAGAAGUGGAAGAACAUAAUAACAAUGUCGUCAUGUUGCUCCAAAGCAAAUUGGCCAAUACUAGUAUGAGCUUCAAGGAUGUUUUGGAGAUUCGCACUCAGAACAUGAAGGAGUCAAAAGACCGCACAGACAAAUUUGUAUACUCUGCGUCACAAGCCGCUACCAACGCUCCACCCCCGGCCUCUUCACUACUGUUCGCUGACCCGGCCGAGAGGAGCAAAUCAAAAGGCAAAGGCAAAGCUCGUGACACGGAUUUGUUGGCACUCGACAUUGACCGCUCAGAGCGUGCCGAAGCUGGAGAAAUGGGCGGGGAUGGAUACAUGCAGAUGCAGCUUGUUGAACGACAGGAUAACUAUUUGCAAGAACGUUCAACAGCCAUCGAAUCAAUCGAAUCCACCAUUGCCGAACUCGGCCAGAUCUUUACUCAGCUGGCCCAAAUGGUUGCAGAACAGCGCGAAACAGUACAGCGCAUUGAUGCCGACACUGUCGAUAUUGCAAACAACGUUGCUGGCGCCCAACGAGAACUGCUCAAGUACUACGCGAGCAUUUCAAGCAACAGAUGGCUGAUGUUGAAGGUGUUUUUGGCGUACUCGGUUUUCUUCCUCGUGUUUAUUCUUGUUUCAUAA